UAAAACAUGACGCACCAUGGAUGCUACUGUGGAAAACAACGUGAAUCCCGUCAGGAGGAGUAAAGAGGACAAGAAAGUUAUUCGUAAACAGUUAAAAGCGAGUCACACUUUGCUGAAACAUGAAGGCAUUAGUACAGCACCGCAGCCUACAAAGAGUUUGGUGGUGGCCAAUGGGGGUCUGGGGAAUGGCGUCAGUCGAGAGGAGUUGUCUGCAGCACUGAAACAGAUGGGAGAGGUGGACAAACUGAUCAUGCACCCUAACAAGCCCUACGCUUUUGUCACAUACAGAUCUGAGGAGAGUGCCCGAAAAGCCCACAUAAACCUUAACGGGGAAAAGCUUCAAUGUGGCGAGAACAGCGUCACACUCUACCUCAGUUAUGUAGACUCAGUAACCUGUGAAGAGGAGGCGUCUGUUCCUCUGCCAGAGGGAUUGGUCUUGGUGGAGGACUUUGUGUGUUCAGAGGAAGAGGCUCUGCUGCUCGCUGCCAUUGACUGGUCGUCUACUAAUACUGAUGUCACUGCUCAAAAGGCUCUGAAGCAUAGGAGAGUCAAACAUUAUGGAUUUGAAUUUCGCUACGACAACAACAACGUGGAUAAGGACAAGCCAUUACCUGCAGGUAUUCCUCAGGAGUGUCUCCCUGUUCUGGAGCGGUGUGUGAAGAACCAACACAUCGACAUCAUGCCAGAUCAGCUCACUGUCAACCAGUAUGAGUCUGGACAGGGCAUUCCUCCUCAUGUGGACACUCACUCCGCCUUUGAGGACACCAUUAUGUCACUGAGCCUGGGGGCAAAGACGGUGAUGGAGUUCCGUCACCCCGAUGGUCGCCUCGUUGCCGUGGUUUUACCAGAACGGAGCCUCCUGGUGAUGAAGGGAGAGAGCAGAUUCCUCUGGACCCAUGGGAUAACUCCUCGUAAGUUUGACAUGGUGCCAGCGUGCGACCCACAAUCCUUUGGUGAUACUACCCCUGACCUCCGGACUAGCAGCAAUCUCACUUUGAGCAAGAGGGGCACCCGCACUUCUCUCACUUUCCGCAAGAUCAGACAUGAACCCUGCCGCUGUGCCUUCCCCUCUGCCUGUGACAGUCAGGGAGCCCCCCCAGCACCCUCUCUGCCGCCCCCUCCCUCACUACCCUGUUGCCAUGCCGACGCGGCCCUUCUGGAGGAGCAGUAUGUGCACCGGGUGUACGACGCCAUCGCCUCGCACUUCAGCAGCACCCGCCACUCCCCCUGGCCUCGUGUCUGCCACUUCCUGUCCUCGCUCCCACCUGGCAGCGUGCUGGCUGACGUGGGCUGUGGGAACGGGAAAUACCUGGGAGUCAACCCCGAGCUGAGUGCAGUUGGUUGUGACCGCAGCAGUGCUCUGGUACAGAUCUGUGCAGAGAGAGGUUUCCAGGCGUUUGUAUCCGAUGCGCUCAGUGUCCCUCUGCGAGCAGCCUCCUGUGAUGCCUGCAUCUCUAUAGCUGUCAUACACCACUUCUCCACACAGGAGCGUCGACUGGCAGCAGUGCAGGAGCUGGUGAGACUUUUGAAGCCUGGAGGUCGAGCGCUAAUCUACGUUUGGGCUUUUGAACAAGAGUACAACAAGCAGAGGUCCAAGUACCUCAAAGACCAGAACAAAGAGCUUCCUGAGAACCACAACCCAGCUGAAAACUCACCAGAACAGAGCCAGGAGCCUCAAGGGAAAUCGAGUGUCCAUAACAGCAGUCAUUCAGAAGACAACUACAGGACAGUAGACAACAAUCAACAUGUGACUGAUGGCAAACUCAGUGUGCACACCAACCGCACAGCCUUCGAAACCAAGGACCUUUUGGUUCCCUGGCAUCUGAAAGACGGGAAAAAACGAGUGGAGGGAGAUUCAGGAGAGGGUGGGAAGAAGGAUAAACAGAAAGAGAAAUCUAAAAAGACCUCAAGGUCUAAAGCCACAUUGGACUGUAACCCUGCCACCAGUCCGGGCCUUGACUCCAACAUGUUUUCUGAUUCAAGUCUUGACACCAUUGCUGCCACUCACAGCUCUAAACCCAGUCCAUGUUGCGACACAUCACAGACCUGCAGUUCUGCUCUAAAGUCGGAGUCGGAGAUCAUCCCAGCUCCAGUUUUUCAUCGCUAUUACCAUGUGUUCCAACAGGGUGAGCUGGAGCAGCUGUGUGCUCAGCAGGCAGGAGUCACAGUGCAGAGCAGCUACCACGACCAAGGAAACUGGUGUGUUAUACUAGAGAAGGCCUUAAACAGAUGAAAUGACACGCUUAAAAUUGAGCUACACAUAUAUGUUGAAGCACAAGAGUUAAUGCAAUGUAAACAAAGACUAAAUUAAAUAAAUAAAUGUAAUG